AAAUAAUGCUAGUUAUCCUUCUCAUUAUGAAAGAUCAAUAUAGGAAAAGCUAGAUGCUCAAUUUGUGGAUGAAAAAUUUCCAAAAAAGUAAAAUAAGUCAAAUCCCAUUGUUUCACCUAAACUAUAAAUUGAACAUGUUAAUGUAUUCAAUUGUGUGCACAUUUUCACCCUAACACCUUUUUAUUUCUUUCUCAAUUUAUACCAAACUCAAUCAUUUUCCAAUGGAUAUUGAUUCCAAAAUCCAAGAAAAAAAUAGUGUUUUAAACAUGUUGUGGAAUCAACUCAAGUGGUUUCCAAUGAAGUUGAUAAACAAAAUUAACAACAUUGCUAAUAACACAAUAAAUAUUGGAAAAAAUGAUCCAAGAAAAAUUUGGCAUGCAUCCAAAGUGGGAUUAUCACUUACUUUGGUUAUAUUGUUUUAUUAUUCAUGGCCACUUUAUCAUAGUUUUGAACAAUCAGCCAUCAUGGCUGUCCUCACAGUCAUGGUUGCAUUUGAGUACACUGCUGGUGCAACUAUAUCAAAGUGCUUAAACAUAGCAUUUGCAACAGCAUUAGGUGUGUCAUUAGGGAUUGGAGCUAAAUAUUUAGCUGAGAUUUGUGGAAAAGAAGGGGAGCCUAUAAUUCUUGGGUUUUUGGUCUUCAUUCUAGGUGCUUUAGGUACAUUUACAAGAUUUUAUCCACAUAUGCAAAGGAGGUAUGACUAUGGUUGCAUGUUCUCUGUGGCAACAUUUAGUUUGGUCACAGUGUCUGGUGAUAGGUAUUUGGAGAUGGUUAAGUAUAGGAUAUCAACUAUUAUGGUUAGUGUUGCAACAGUCAUGGUUAUAUCAUUGGUCAUUAGACCAGUAUGGGCUGGAAAAGAUCUUCAUAAUCUUAUUAUUGCAAAUCUUGAAAAGCUAGCAAGCUUCUUAGAUGGUUUUGAAAGUGAAUAUUUUCAAGCAAUUGGUGAGGGCUCCAAAGACAAGGAAAAAGGAUUUCUUGAAGCCUUUAAAAGUGUUCUUGGUUCUAAGGCCACUGAGGAAUCUUUGGCAAAUUUUGCAUGGUGGGAGCCAGCAAAUGGACCAUUUAGGUUUAAUAAUCCAGGGAAAGAGUACUUAAAGAUUGGUAACCUUGGUAGAGAUUGUGCUUGCCAUCUUCAUGCUCUUAGUGGUCACUUAAAAUCUAAAUCUAUGGCACCAACUGAGUUUCAUAAAAGAACAGAAGAAGGUUGCAAAAGCAUUAUAAAGAAAUCUAGUAAUGCAUUAAAGUAUCUUGCUUUGUCCAUCAAAACUAGGACACAACCCGGCCCGUAUAAUGCAAAAUUCGCCAUCGAUGAACUUAGAGCGGCGCUCUUAAUUACCACAAAAACCAUCUCAGAAGAAGACACAAUCGAUGUCGUGUCGGUGGCGUCGAUACUCAUCGAUGUCACUAGAUGCGUCGACGAAAUCUCUAAGGCGGUAGGAGAGCUUUCGAUCAAAGCACAUUUCCAAAAGGAGAAAAAAAAGAAGGAUAAUUCACCAUCAGCGCCUCAGUUACAACUCCCAAACCGCGUAAUCGUGAACGCCGCGGCGGCGGUGGCGGAGGAGGAAAAUCCUAUAGGUCUAAUAAAAGGAGAACACGUUGUUUGUGAGAUACAUGCAAUAGACGAGGAGAUAAAUAUUAAAUUUACGUAAACUUAUGUAUGUAGGAUAAAAAAAUAAGAGUAUAAGGAUAAACUAGAUACGAAAGGAUAAAAGAUUGACUACAAAGUGAAAAGUUUUUUACUUUUUUUUUAAAGAAAAUAAAUAGAUUUCUUUUCAUUAUUUUAGUGUGAUAGAUUUUCAAUAUAUAUAUAUAUAUAUAACGAUCGACCCAUUAUGAGUGUCACGGAAAAAAAAAUAUCACGAUCCACAACGAGAUCUUGAUGGAUCAUAUUGAGUGGCCCAACCCAAGAUAUAUUGGGCUUCAUAGGCACAAGCCCACAAAGUUUGAUACAUAUAGGACUUAAGAUUUGUUCAAUCUUCAUUGGGUGUCUUUAUUUGUAUUUAUUUUACGAUAAGAUAUUCGUCGUAAGAUAUAAUUUCUCUUUAUUAAAUAUUUGUUCUACUGUGAUAGGGUGUGUGGACUUUAGGAAUAGUUAUUUUUAACGAUUAAAAAAAUGAAAAAAUAAUUAAAUUUUGUGUUGAAUUUUUACGUGACAACCAAUUUGAGAUAAUUAUUUUUAAAUCACGAUAGAUAAUUUAAGACAGUAACAGUUAUUAAGUGGACAUAAACUUUCUUUUGGAUUUGGUACAAUAAAUCACUAAAAUGGUAAUGAAAACAAACAAAUUUGAGUGUACAUUAAUGUAAUAAUUUCUUGUUGAAGCCCAACACCCCAACACAGUCAUGUGAACAUGUACAAUUAUAUUUAUCAAUUUUCAUAGUUUUUUAUUUUUAUUUUUAAACCCGGUGUUUGGAUAUCUGUUUUGGCGCUCGAUUAUUCUGGAUUCGUGACGUGAACUCCCACUUUAAGGGGUAAAGUGUUUCUUACCAAAGGCGAUUUCAUUCUCAGUCUCCGAACCUGAAAUGAAAGGGUACUAACCAGUUACCACUUGAAAAAAAUGUUUUUUUUUAAAUUUUACUUAAAUGCUAUAAAAGUGCUUUAAAGUAUUCUUCCUCAGCAUCCUCCUUUUCUGGGUCCUUGUCAGCUUAGAUGAUUUCUGUUAUGCUGGACUCUCUCCUACAGCCUCCUUCUCAGGUCUCGGUUUCUGUGCGGCAUGAACCCACUGAUCAGUUGGUGAGACAGUAGACGGUGUUUGAAAUAACCAUUGUUUAUUCAAUCGAAAUCUCAUAAGAGAAGAAAGCUUUUAACGUGGGUCGGCGUAUAGCCCACUCCAUUCUAUCUAUGACGCAUCGGAUCAACUGAGAGAAAUCCUGAGUGACGAGAGAGAUUCUCCACACGAACGAAUGACCCGCCAAGUUCGAACUGACAUAGGUGAAUCGGACCAACACCUAUCGAUCCAAACAUACUCAGUGGACAACGACAAUUCACUACCAAAUGAUCUGAUUGCGUAAAUAUUAUGUAUAUAUGGAUAUUAUAAAAUUAAACUUAAACUGCAUAAUAAUUUUAAUAACAAAAGAAAAUCUUCAAAUAGUAAAAAAAAAUACUAAUUGAUUUGAAAAUGUACUAAAAACAUGAAAGAUUGAGUACCAAAAAAAACCACAAAACCAUAUCAACAAAUUAACUAUGGGCCCUUAAACUGUCUCCGUCAUUGUUUCUAAAACAAACCAUUUUGACCCAAUGGGCCAAAUUUCCCUCUAAAAUUGGGCCCAUAUAAUAAUACGUUAUACAAAUAUCUUGUAGUGUUCAGAGUUAAUUACAUUUUAUCUCUAACUUUUCUCAAAUUACAAAAAUUCCUUAAAUUUGGUGAAAUCCAGAUACAUCUCAAAACGUCUCGAUACUCUGCGUAUUGAUUUCGGAUACAUCACUCAAUAUCCUGAUACAUUACGUAAAGUUAUGUAUCUGAAAAUUAAAAAAGAAAAUAGAAAUUUUAGUAAAUUUUUCAAAUGAAAGAAAAUCUUCAAAAAUAUGAUAAAAUAAGGAAUUUGUUACUGUCCCAA